GUGGAUUUCCAAAUAAAAUGUGUCUACGAUACAAUAGAUAAGUAAGAUGGUAUCUGAGAGAGAAAAAAAACCAAUACUGUAUUAAAAUGCUAUUCAUUGUCAGUCCAACGUUUUUGAUGCAGAUUCUCAACUGUUUUCCCCACCAACUGACAGAUGGUGACGCGUUGGCUGUGUUAUUUUUGUGAAAGGUUGAUGACGAACAUCCUGCCGUGGCCAUUAUGGUGCCUUUGAGGGUUCGUCUCAUCUUCACGUAAUUGUGUUUGUUAUCGACGCCGUGCCCCAGCUUAGCGAUUAUUCGGUCGGCGUCGUCACCUACUCUCGUUCGUUUGAGUUGACGUUUGAAUGCGAGCUUUUGAUUUGAUUCGAAAAUGACUCCUGGGUCCGUGACCCGACUGUGACGCGCCAGCGAGCGCUUCCCACGGUUCCCGAUGGCUCCUUCUCGCCACAUCCAUCGGGGACGUCGGAUUCCGUGCCGUGUCUACGUAGCAACGUGUCUGUGUGGUAAAGACUGAGGCGGCGUGACGGCCUUUGACCUGCUUUCGGCAUCGGCGGUCGUGAGAUGGAGAGCGCGUGGCGGCGCGUCCCGCUGGCAUGCUGCCGUCCUCGCGUGCUGGCGCUGCACGCUCUCUUCUGGGGCCUGGUGGCCCUCAGAGUGUUUGGAGCCGCCCUGUUGGCUGAAGACAAACCUGCAGCCGCCAAGGUCAGCGUCGCCCCCUGCUGGCUACUGGAGGAGUUUGUGGUGACGGUGGAGUGCUCGCAGUGCGACGCCUUCCAGACGACGAGGCCGGCAUGCGGCCACACGGGCUACAUGGAAAAGGUCAACUGCACCAAAUCCAACCGGGAUGAGUACAAAAGCUGCCGCUCGGCCGUCAUGGAGGAACGUCUCUUCUGGAAGUUUGAGGCGGCCAUGUUGUCGGUGACGGCGUUGUCGGCCGUCUCGGUGGUCCUGCGUCAGCGCCGGCUGGACCGGCUGGCCUCCGAGAAAGUCCGCCGGCAGAUCGAGUCCAUCUAGUGGCGUCGGCUUGCAAUUGAAACUCGCUUGCAAAAUGCUUGAUGGAAAGGAGCCCCCGCUGCUGACCCCGGAAUCCCCCGCGAUGUGGAGGAUGGCAUUUCUCAGAACGCUCACCACGACACGACUACAGUGAAACUCCCGUACAACGAAAUCAUGAUUGCGGCAAGACAUUUUUCACAACGGGGGGGUUUUCACUGUAGCAAAAAUUGAUCUCAGAUGUAAACACACACAAAUGUAUGUGUACUCUUUAUUUUUAUUCCAAUAGUAAGUAUGAGCACACACUUAUUUGACACUUCAUAUAGCCAGUGUAGAAAGAAAAAAAAAAGAACUCUUAACUGCUACAAUGAUAUUCCCGAGCUGAAUAAAGAUCACUCGUUUGAAUCCCAAAA